CAAAGUAACACUAUUCACCAGACGGCGCUGAAUUUCAUAAAGUUUAUACAGGCCAAUAAUUAAAAAAUUCCGUGAAAACUUGAUCGAAAAAAACAGACCAACGCUUAUGAGUCUUACUAUAUAUAAAGGAUAUUUGAUUAAAUCACCUCCUCCUAAAAAACUACCAGGACUGUUACGAUUCCUACCAAAGGCUCCAUAAAGAAAUUACAAGAAUUGUUAGAUUGCCAAACCAGCUGAAUUUCUUCUGCUUAUUAGUGUUGUUUUUUUGAUUGUUAAGCGUUGGCGGCGGCGUUUUUUCGUUUUAUCUCAGUCGAUUGACGGCGUUCCUCGUCUGGAAUACUUCGAGGACGAAAAUAGAAAGAAACUAAAGGGGAAAAUAGAUCUAUUAAAUAUAGAUUCAAUUGAUACAAAAUUAGACUCGAAAACUUACGAAUUCGUGUUUAGUCUUACUUCUACUCAUCGGAAUACUUCAAGAACCUAUUAUCUAGCUGCUUCUUCUGAAAGAGAGAUGAAUUCAUGGGCUGAUUAUCUCUGUAAAAUGUGUAAAUGUGUUUCGGUCGAUCCCGAUGAGGUUGACUCCAAUCCUAGGCGAAAGCAUAGAAUGACAGAGAGUCCUACAUUUGUUGAUCUACCACCUACCAAGUCGUUCUCUCCGAUUAACCCUCCAGUUUUACCUCCAGAGAACUCUGCAGAUUCUUUAGAUGAAGACAAUAAAUUAGUCUAUGACGUAAUAUGGCCAGCGCCUACCACCGCUCAACCAAUAAAUAUACCACCACGAGGUGGACUGGAAAGACAAGAUUCCGUGCCAACCGAACCUGCUCCACUUCCUCCUGUUAAAAUGUCACCGGUGACUCCCGAACAGAAUUACGAGAAUAUUAUUCCACCCCAUGAUAGUGUUAACAUUGGAGAUUGCAAUCAUAAUACUGCGUCAAUGCGUAAUAGGUGUGUACCACCGCCCCCUCCAACAAAGAUGGGCCCCAAUGGAUACUAUAAUCAAGUUUUGGAUGACCAACAUUAUGACUUUCCUACUAUGCAUACCCAUAUUCCACCCGCUACAAUCGGAUUACAACAAGUCCACGCCUAUGAAAACGGCUCUAUGGGCUUAGUACCUCCAAAAAUGCCAAAAGAACCUUCAUCAGGAAUUCUCAGUUGUCAAGUGCCGAAGGAGCCAGUCGAUCAGAAGCUGAAAUAUGCAGAAUUGAGUAUUAGCAGCGAAGAUAAAAAUGAUUUUCGACCAAAAGCGUUCCGCGACUUGCCCUUAAGAAACUCUAAUACAAAGAGCUUUAAAAGAGAAAGAACGGAAGAAGAAAGGAUUAGAUUACCGAGAAGGAAGCCUACAGAAGAAUUUUCUGAUGAGGAGGAUAGCAUUGACGAUCAAGACAAUUUGAAUGAUGAAGCUUUUUCUAAUAGAACUAAGCCUAAAACGCCAACAAGUCCGUCAAGCCUUUCAAAUAAAGGUAUUUUCGUUCCACCUAAUCAUUCUGCUGCCAAUGUAAGAGUUCCAGUUUCUAUACAAAGUCACAAAAUGAUUAAUUAUUCGGAAUUAUCAUUGGAAUUGCCAAGCACACCAAGCAGUCCAAAGAAACCUGUACCUGCUACAGAAUAUAGAGAGAUUGAUUUCGAGAAGACGACCGCUUUAAGAUCAGUAAUUACAAACAAGCCUACACAACAAUCUGAAUAGCGAAAUUUUCUUUAUAUAUAUAUAUAUAUAUAUAUGCGUUUUAUUUGUAUCUUCUUUUUUAUAUUAGACAUAU